CGGGAAGCAGCUCUGGGAUGUGCACUGAGCGAAAGGGUGAAGCGGGGAGGACUAAAAAGUUGAUGAGAAUGAAGAAAUAGGAUAAAAGGGCUGUUAUCUGUCUCUAGGCGUCGACUUUUGACCUCCGACUUUACAGUUUAGCUUAUGGAUUACUGUGUCACGCUACCCAGUCGGCCAGUGGGGCCUUUUUUUCUUAGGAAAAGGCCAAAUCCCUGAUAAUUAAGUCUUUAAGACUGUCCCCGGAGCCAGUUUCCUUAUAAAUUCUGGAGAUAAUGGGCAAGCCAAAUUGUUUUCCCAGAAAUCCUUGCUCUGAGCAUUUUAGUUUGCCCGAUAUGGGUGUGUCAAAUAGGACCUGGACUUUAAAUUGAAGCUUCGGUGGUUAAGGUGUAAAUAACUUUUUUGACUGAGGAGUCCCAGGUUCUGUUUUCUGUUGUUAUUUACCCGUUUUGGAACCUUGGACAUUUUAAUUUCCCUCUCUAUACCUUUGUUUCCGCGUCUAUAAAAUGAAUAAUUAGCAGAGCUUAUAUUUCAUAUUUUAUAAUUCUUGUGAAGUGGAGAUGGUGACAUAAUUUACUAUUUGCUUUCGAUUGAUUUGUCAUUUUUGUUGCACUACAUAACUGGUGCUGGGGCAACAAAGACGACUGAGACCUUUGGGUUCUGUUUGGUUGAUGAGCAGGGGAAACACAAGGUGUUGUGGGAGCACGAAGUAAAGGACUCCCGUUAAGAUUUUAGAAACUUGAAAGGUUUUACUUCAAGGCAUGACUUUAGCCUGAGAGCUAAAGGGUGGGUAGGUGGAAGUGCAGUGUUCCGGCGAGGUAAAGACUUCUACAAAAACUGGACUCGAUCCAAGAACCUGAAAGUGUUUCUUGAUUUGAUUCCUUGUUCAUAGAUGAUGAAACCUUUAUUGCGAUUUCUGGGGCUUUUAUAGGAAAUGAGUUUCUGAUUUGGGAGAAAACAGUUGGCAGGGAGAGAAUUAAGAAGGGCUGCUUUAAAGGUUUUUGUUUUAAAAACUGGAACGAACAACUAGGGGGAAAAAAACCCCUGCCAAAUGGAAUGGCUUAUCUUUAUCCUUGUUUGAAGGCAAGAUCAGUUUAAGUAGUUUUCAAACAUUUUUUUAAAGCAGUGGAUGCUGUCAAAUGAGGUAUGUUUUGUCAAUUGAGAGUGCUGAAGAGAUACGAGAGUAUGUUACUGACCUCCUUCAGGGAAAUGAGGACAAAAAAGGUCAAUUCAUAGAGGAGCUUAUAACCAAAUGGCAAAAGAAUGAUCUGGAAUUGAGUUCUGAUGCUUUGCAACAGUCCUUCAAAAAAGAUGAAAUGUCAGAUGGUCAGAAAUCAGGAGACCAGCUAAAGAGGAGCAGGCGGAAAGGAAGAAAUAGACAGGAAGUUCCUGCAUUUGCUGAACCUGACACAACCAGGGAGGUCAAAACACCUUUUGAUUUGGCCAAGGUACAAGAGAACAGCAACUCCUUAAAGAAGAAGACAAAGUUUGUCAGUUUAUACACAAAAGAGGGACAGGACAGGCUUGCAGUCCUGAUCCCUGGUCGCCAUCCAUGUGAUUGCCUGGGCCAGAAGCAUAAGCUGAUCAAUAACUGUCUGAUCUGUGGGCGCAUUGUCUGUGAACAGGAGGGCUCUGGCCCCUGCUUUUUCUGCGGUACCCUGGUAUGUACUCGUGAAGAACAGGAUAUUUUACAGCGUGACUCUAAUAAGAGCCAGAAACUGCUGAAGAAGUUAAUGUCAGGGAUGGAGAAUUCUGGAAAAGUGGACAUCUCUACCAAGGACCUUCUUCCUCAUCAAGAAUUGCGAAUUAAGUCUGGUCUGGAGAAGGCUAUUAAGCACAAAGACAAACUGUUAGAAUUUGACAGAACUAGCAUUCGAAGGACCCAAGUCAUUGAUGAUGAGUCAGAUUACUUUGCCAGUGAUUCUAACCAGUGGUUGUCUAAAAUUGAGCGGGAGACUCUGCAGAAGCGAGAGGAAGAGCUGAGAGAAUUUCGACAUAUGUCUCGGCUCUCUAAGAAAGUCACCAUUGACUUUGCAGGCAGGAAGAUCGUGGAGGAUGAAAAUCCACUAGCAGAGUAUCACAGCAGACUAGAUGAGACAAUACAGGCAAUUGCCAAUGGAACCUUGAAUCAACCAUUGACCAAACUGAAUAGAUCUUCUGAUGAGCCUUUGGGAGUUCUGGUGAAUCCCAACCUCUACCAGUCCCCUCCCCAGUGGAUAGACCAGACAGGUGCAGCCUCACAGAAGAAGGCAUUCCAUUCAGCAGGAUCAGAACUAGAAUUCAACUCUUAUCGGCAUCAGCUGCGAAUCCAGGACCAAGAUUUUCAGGAAGGCUUUGAUGGUGGCUGGUGCCUCUCUAUGCAUCAGCCUUGGGCCUCUCUGCUUGUCAGAGGGAUCAAAAGGGUGGAGGGCAGAAGCUGGUACACUCCUCACAGAGGACGACUUUGGAUCGCAGCCACAGCCAAAAGACCCUCCCCUCAAGAAGUCUCAGAACUCCAGACUACAUAUCGUGUUCUUCGUGGGAAAGAUGUGGAAUUUCCUAACGACUAUCCAUCAGGUUGUCUUUUGGGCUGUGUGGACCUCAUUGACUGCUUGUCCCAGAAGCAGUUUAAGGAUCAGUAUCCAGACAUGAGUCAAGAAUCUGAUUCUCCGUUUGUUUUCAUCUGCACAAAUCCCCAGGAGAUGAUUGUGAAGUUUCCUAUUAAAGGAAAUCCAAAAAUCUGGAAACUGGAUUCCAAGAUCCAUCAAGGAGCAAAGAAGGGGUUAAUGAAGCAGAAUAAAGCUGUCUGACCCAGGAGAAAAGGAACUAAACAACAUAGUGAAGUUUUGUGUACUAAAAUUGCUAUCCACUGGUCCUUUGGAACUGAAGCAUUAGAAAUCUAAAGACUUGGCAUCAGGCUUGAAUCUCUUAGAAUUUAAACUCUUACCUAAAUCUGUAUAUUUUUUUUAAUGAGUGGGAUUCUUACUUUAUGUAGUAGGUCAAAAUCUUUGAAUACAUUAUUUAUAAAAUGCUAUUUUAAAAA